AUGACAAAACCAGAACCCGUCAGCGAGGCCGACAUAUGGCUCGCCAAAAUGAAUGUCGGCCUAAGUCGUAGCGAGAGAGUAUUGCAAUCCUGGAUGCGCCCAGCACAAUCUCUCGACAACGGAACAUCUUCUUCACAAAUCGCAAAAGGCGACGACAACAGCGAUGAAGACUUCACCGCAAUGGCCGGAUCGGGUGGAAUAGGUACGGUGGCUUCGGCAGACGAUGCUGUACCUGGACGCAAAAAGCUUUCGGAUGGUAAUCAGAAACUACUGGAGCAUUUGCUGGGCAAAAGAGCUGCAGCUGCGAAGAUGAAGGAGAAGAAACCGCACACAUCCGCGAAUGGGCAAUCGGGAAGUAAACCGAUGCCCGUGGAAUCAAAGUCCCGAACCACUAUGCCAGCGGAUGAUAGUGAAGACGACGAGGAGAUGGGCCGCGCAAGUACGCUAUCGUCUCGUGGUAUGGGCGGGAGAAAAGUGCGAGACACCAAGAGACCUGCAUAUACAACUGCAGGAGGGGAGGAAGACAAUAUCGUCGACCCGGAUGUGGAACCGUCAGAUCCACGGGAGGACCUCGCUACUGUGGCCGAACUGGUCACGCAGGAGAAGCAUGACGCUCAGGCUGUGAAGAGGCCGGCAAAGAGAAAGGCAACGAGCUACAUGGACGAAAUGCUGGCGAAGAAGAAGAGCAGGGGCAAGAAGAAGAGCGGCGGGAAGGGCAACGAUGCUUGA